CUUUAUUGACUGUCAAUUAUUGGACACUGAUUGAGGUGGAUUGAGCACAUGUACAGCUCCACCCGCAGUUAUGUUGUCCGUACAGCAAGCAUUGGCACACAAUACUUCUUCAGAUGGGUUGCACAAUUUUUCUGGACUCACGAGCCAUGCUCAUCAUGUACAGGCACUUGGACUUGUUGAAGAAAUGGGCCAGGUGGCAAAGGAGCAGGGUUAUCUGGCCGGUUCCUCCAGCCAUGGGAACGGCAAUACAAAUGCGAUGGAUUCUCCCUUGCAACUGAAGCCGAGAUUCAGUAAGAAUGAGGUUGAGCUGCUGGAAACCGAAUUUUGUCGAAACCCGAAGCCAAGUACCGGCAGGAAGCGCGAAAUCGCAGAAAGUUUCCAGGUUGAUACUUCAAGAAUCAAUACGCCACAGAAUUGGUUUCAAAACCGACGAGCCAGGGCCAAAAAGAUGCGAAACUUGAAAGAAUAUGAACAGAGGCGAAAAGGUGAAAUCGGAGACCUAAACUCUCCCGGUCUUGAGGCCUCUCCGACACCUGAGUUGCGUGCGCUUAGUCCGGAGAGGCAAAGGCGCUCAUAUGUCGCCGCAGCGUUCCCACCCACAUCGGAAUUGAAGGGUCCCAGUGCACACGCCCCAAAUACGUGGGUCGAUAUUGAAGCCGCUCCGCGGUUUCGACAAGAGUCAGACGACCACAAAUUUCUUACAGACUACUCUACACUUCCAAGGUGGAAGAAAGAUGAGCAGGGAAAAGCUAUCCUUGCUCGACUAAUGGGUUACCUCUAUUUCCUCAUUGGGUGUUGGUACUUCAAGAAGCGGGCGUCAGCCAUCAACGGUUUCAGAACCGUGCCGCAAUAUGGAAGCUCUGAUAAUUAUUCAAAUGGCACCAGAGAGAGUUCAGGCCCCAGCAUGUCAAAUGGACAUCAACCUAGAGAAAGAAAUGCUCGCCCAUCCAUGAAGCGGCGAUUUCAAAGGCAGGAAGAUGACGACUCACAAGAGGAAAAUGACCCCAAGCAACAAAAGUUGGUCGAAAGGGAUGUUACAUCCCAGAGAAGAUUUGCUUGUCCAUUCUUCAAAAAGAACCCACUCCAUUUUCGGGAAUGGCGCUCCUGUCCAGGACCGGGUUGGGGGACGACACAUCGGGUAAAGGAACAUCUUUACAGAAGUCAUUUGCUACCAAUCACUUGUCCCCGGUGCCAUGAGGCGUUUGAAUCGGAGAAAACACAAUUGGAGCACCUAACUGCUGAGAAGCCCUGCCAGAAACGUGAGAAGCCGAAGCUGGAAGGCGUCGACUCGUCUACAGAAAAAUUUCUGCGAAGCCGCAAGCAUAUGCAAAAGCACAAUAACGAGGAGGAUCGGUGGAGAGAGAUCUAUGUCAUUUUAUUUCCCGGUACUAAUGCGGAGAGCAUACCCAACCCUUAUUAUGAAUACCACAAAAGCGCACACAGCGAGCAGCCAGACGCGGUUGAGUCAGAAUUUGCCAAAUAUGAGCAAUUUCUUGGCGCCGAGCUGCCAUCGCGAGUUCGUCAACAGCUUGAGAUUCGAAUCGAAGCGGCUCUCAAUCCGCUGGAUGAGUUUAAAACACUGAAGGGUCAAAUCAUUGAUAUCGUUCGGGAUACUCAAUUGCAACUGUUCAAGUUGUACAAGACAGGAAGCUCAAAUCCGCCCACGGAAACGGACUCCACCCCAGGAGAGCAAGGAGGUAUUUCAGAUGUGCCAAAUCUAAGGAGCUCCAACCCCAGCACGCCAAGUGAUAACAAUCUUGAGAUUAUGGACCCCGAACUUCACGGCACUAGCGGCAAGCAGGAUUUGGGCAUGGAUUUUGACUUUGGGUUGUUUGAUGGCGUUAUUUUUGACCUAACUGAUAUCACGGGGAGUGAUCAAGUGUCUGCAACGGGGCUGUAUGAUUGGAAUGAUCCCGUCUUUACCUGACAAGCUGAAGCCUUACCGCGUUUGCUACAGGUGAAGUGUUAUCCAGCCUAGUUAACUUCAAUCGAUUCACAUCUCUGAGAGACAACAUAAUAUAACUCUUAGAUACCUUUGCAAUAUGGAGAGCUAUCGGGGCGAUUUUAUAGUUUCUAAUCCGAUUGCCAGAAUCCUGUCCGAACCACGUAGAACUGGCGUUCGUGUGAACUACCAAGCAAUUUUGAGGUACGGACUAGCAAAGCCAAGUCUUUUAACACUGCCUCGCGGUACAGAACCGUCAGGGAUACGAGCGAUAUCCCCAAGUGGAUAGCAAUCAUGGUAAUACUGAUUUCGU